UUUAUAUGUAACAGGACAGAAAAAAUUCAAUACAACUGCAGCGUAAUUCAUCAUUCAUUUCUUCCUUAAUAUCUUACAAACAACACACUGAAAAUAUCUAUCAAUUUGUGUAUCACGGUGUAUUCAUGAGAAAUACAAUAAGUGUAAUGGCGACAGACAGAAAAUGAUUGUUUGUUAUGAUGUUUGGAUUUAACCAUUUAUUCCUUUUAUUAAUUGUAAUGAUUAUAAAAUCGUGUCGGACUACGCGCCAUACACGAGGAUUAAACAGUGAGGAUGAAGUAAGGCUAGUUAAUGAUUUAUUUGAACAUGGGAGAUAUAAUCCCUUGAUCAGACCAGUAAGAAAUGUUAAUGACACACUUACAGUGGCUUUCAAUGUGGCUUUAAGUCAGUUGAUCAAUAUCGAUGAAAAGAACCAAAUAAUGAAGACGAAUGUUUGGCUUCAGAUGUUUUGGCAUGACUAUCAGAUUAAAUGGGAUCCUGAAGAAUAUGGCGGCGUGAAAAAUAUACGUAUCGAUCAUGCAAAGAUGUGGAAACCGGACAUUGUCUUGUUCAACAAUGCUGAUGGAAAAUAUGAGGUCUCCUACAAAUCAAACGUAGUUCUGGGAUCCAACGGUAACCACUCGUGGGUACCCCCGGCCAUAUAUAAAAGCUCAUGUACAAUAGACGUGGAAUACUUUCCCUUUGAUCAACAAAUCUGUGAAAUGAAGUUUGGAUCAUGGACUUAUAAAGGAGACCAGUUAAAAUUUAGUUUUUAUAAGAAUAUGGAUUAUGUUGACCCGACUGAUUACCUUAAAAGCGGUACUUGGGAUAUAAUUGAAUUUCCUGGAAAAAUUGAAAGGAUUAAUGAUUCUGAAACGAAGGAUUACAAGUAUCUCAUCGUUUUCAAGUUUGUCUUAAGAAGGAAAACUUUGUUCUACACAGUCAAUUUGAUAAUACCGUGCGUUCUGGUAUCAUUUGUCAGUAUCUGUGUAUUUGCACUACCAGCUGAUGCUGGAGAAAAGAUAACUCUCUGUAUUUCGAUUUUACUUGCCUUGGUUGUGUUUCUGCUACUGAUAUCAAAGAUUCUACCACCAUCAUUGCAGAUCCCUUUAAUUGCAAAAUAUUUGCUAUUUACAUUUAUAAUGAACAUAUCGGCUAUUUGUUUAACAGUGGUCGUCAUCAAUAGAAACUACAGAACCCCGAGAACACAUAAAAUGCCGUACUGGGUACGAUUUGUGUUUUUAAAUAUGCUUCCGAAAUUAUUACAUCUGGAACGUCCUGAUCAUGACACUAGGUGGCGUUCCUUGCAUGAACAGGCUGCACUUAACAAGGCAAAACAACUUAAAAGACAACAAGUUCAACAAAACAGUUAUUUACCAGCAGAACACUAUCCUUUGUCAAGCAGUAGAAAUUCUAGCAGGCAUUCGAGUACGUUAGAUUUAUCAGAAUUUCCUCAUUCAAACUGCAGACUGAACCACAUGAAAUGUGAUAUCAAAGCUGGGAAUACAGAAAAUGUUCCCAAAAGAGUAACUGCUGAGUUAUUCAAAGCCACUGAAGCGUUAAGUUUUAUUACACAUCACCUUGAAGCUGAGAAUGAAUUUGAAACAGUCCUAGACGACUGGCGAUACGUAGCCUUAGUAUUAGAUCGGCUCUUAUUUUACAUCUUUCUCAUUGUGACAAUUGGUGGAACUCUGGGAAUUCUAAUGCAGGCGCCCCACAUUUUUGAAUAUAUAGACCAGGAUGCAAUUAUAAAUGCUGUCAUUAAACGAAUCAAUGACACAGACAACAGACAAACAAGUACAGCCAAUGUAGAAGAGGGGCAAUAAAACAUACAUUACCAACGUAACAAAGUAUUUAUAGAAAUGGUAAACGCAUUUAACAUUUGCAAGAACUAUCAUCAUUAUGUUUUGAUCACAUUUUAUGGUAAUUUAGUUGUAAUAUAAUGACGUUUGAUUCGCCAUCAUUAUUAUAUUUUAAUCACGCUUGUUGGUAAUUUAAUUGUAAUAUAAUGACGUUGGACUCUAUAAUCCCUACAUUUGAAGUAGAUUAUACUUAUGUUUUUUUUAUAAAUAUAAAAAUUCUGGCAUCAAAGGUCACUAACUUUGUUUAACAGAUAUGAGGAUCCUGACUCUUUGUUUUUCGUGUAUAAGGGUAUUGGUUGUUUUUGUAUUACAGGUAUCAGGGUCCUGACUGUUUUUGUUUUGCAUGUAUGUGGUCCUGACUGCUUUGGUUUCUACAAAUGUAAGGAUCUCUUGACUGUUUUUGUUUUACAUGUAUCAGGGGGUCUUGGCUUUUUUGUUUAAGGUCCUGACUGCUUUUGGUUUGACAUGUUAAAGAAGGAGUCUGACUGUUUUUGAUUUAUAGGUAUACUAUCCUGAUUGCUUUGGUUUUUGCGGCAUAUGGUAUAAUGGUCCCUGACUGCUUUGGUUUUUGCGGCAUAUAUAAUGGUCCCUGACUGCUUUGGUUUUUACAGAUAUAACUGUCCCUGACUGACAUAUUUGUUUCAAAAAUACAAGUGUCCCGAUGUUUUUGUUUCACAAAUAUAAGGACCCUGUUUUUUUUUCUUUUGUAGAUAUUAGGUCCUGACUGUCUUUGGUUUUAACAGCCAUCAAGGGAUUUUCAAUAUUUAAAAAAAAAUGUAAAAUUACAAAAGGGGAAACAUAUACGUAUUUAUAAGAUUAAUUGAUUGUUGUUAUCUAAGUGUCCAGUGGCAAAUAGCCCAUGCAUAUUCAAGACGAGUGUAAAUUUAGUACUACUUGCAUAGUUGGCUGGACAAUAGAUCGGAUUUAACGUCCCCAUUCUAACAGUAUGUGACUGUGUAUUUAUGCACCCCGCAGGAUUUAACGUCCCCAUUCUAACAGUAUGUUCAUGUGUAUUUACACAUCCCGCACAACCAAUCGGACGCCCCGGGUUAGUAAAGAUUUUCAUCGGAGACGUCCAAUGGAUGACUAUGUUUCUAUACCCCAGUCAACCCUUUAGGGUUAUAGGAAGUCAACCCUUUAGGGUUAUAGGAAGUCAACCCUUUAGGGUUAUAGGAAGCAAUGUAUGAAUGACAGAUAGAGUAUACCAACAAAAAAAAACUUUAACAUAAAAUAAACUAGUAAAGACUAACAACGGUAUUGCUGUCUGAAAUUUAGUUAUUGAACGUAAAUAGCGAGUGUUCUAUAGUCUUUUUUGUAUUUGACAUAGCGAUUUCUUUUAAGAUAUAAUCCUUAUAAGGAUAACGGUUUUGAUUUAGAACUGUAUAAAAAAAAAUUGUUCACUUAAUCAUGCUUAUAUAGUUCAAAAACAAAACAUGAAAGAAUGGAAAAGUAAAGAAACUGAAACUAAAGAAGUGUUGAUUGAGAAAAAUCAUCAAAUACACGGCACGUCUUCAUUUGUUCAUUACUUAAUCACAUUUUGCUUUUAUACUUAGUGAUUCAAAUUCUUUCAGAUUUAUUGAUCAAUGGCCAAGUAAUGCUUGUUGUGUGUUUAGCAAAUAUAGAAAUAGGCAAAAAUUAAUUCAUCAAUUUAUAUCAAUCAUAUAUCAAUUGGAUUUGUACUGAAGUUCGGUUUUGCUUAAAAAAUAAAAAUAAAAUGAA